GACUUGAUAUUUCUCUCGCGAGAUUUCGUAGAGCUUCCCGACAGCAGAAAACAUGGCGGACGAACACGGACGGAAAUGGGACCGCUGUCUUGCUGAUACAGCCGUGAAAACAGUAACUGGCCUCGGUGUGGGCAUCGUGUUCUCUGUCCUUUUUUUUAAACGCCGCACAUGGCCCGUCUCAUUUGGUUCAGGUUUGGGACUGGGUAUGGGUUACGCCAACUGCCAGCAUGACCUCAGGUCACCAUACCUGAUUCAUGGCCGCAUGGUAAAGGACCAGUAGUGAAGGACUGAAGACCAUAAGGAUUUGCCAUGAAGUUUAUCAUCCGUUUUUGUCUCGUCCUCUGUUGUUUUGCUGCACAUUUCUGUCCUAGCACUAAAGUCCAAUGAUGCCCUCAUUGUGUUUAUCAAAGGCCUAUGAGUGUAUAUUUAAUAAAGUGAUAAUGGAAAAAAAA